AUGGCCACUUGGACGGGUUCAAGAAGUCUACCCGGCGAUGACAGCGUCAUCAGAGUAGCUAUGGUCUGUACAGCUACGAGCAUCAUUAAGAGAGCCGUCACCAAAAUAGCCGUUCUGCCCAUCGAUUCCCAUAAAUUUGGAACCAUACCUCUUCCCUCGGGGGAUAAGGAUAAUAGCUUCGAUCGACUUGAUGAUCUUCUUCGUCGAUUUUGGGAGGUGGAAAGCUGCGUCGAGCCAAUUACACAUGCUACCAAGGAAGAGCUGGACUGUGAGGCGCACUUUACAAAGCAUUUCAUUCGCUCCCCUGCUGGAGACUAUUCUGUUCGGUUCCCUGCCAAGCUCAAUCUGAAAUUAUUGGGUGAGUCCUACCAGCAAGCUUAUCGUAGAUUCCUGUCCCUAGAGAGGAAGCUAGAUCGUCGGCCAGCCUUGAAGGCCCAAUAUGCGGCUUUUAUAAAGGAAUACUUUGACUUGGGGCACAUGUCAACAGUUGCUGGUUGUCGCUUCUUUUUGCCUCAUCAUUGCGUCAUAAAGGAGGAUAGUUCCACUACAAAGCUUCGCGUAGUUUUUGACGGAUCUGCCGGUUCUUCAUCAGGCUACUCUUUUAAUGACGUGCUCAUGGCAGGCCUCGUAAUUCAACAUACCCUGUUCCAGAUUCUAAUUCGAUUUCGCUCAUACCCGACAGCCAUCACUGGAGACAUUUGUAAGAUGUACCGUUGUGUCAAGGACAAGCUGCAAGUGUUUCAGCUGGACACCGUCACUUAUGGCACGAAGCCUGCAUCAUUUCUGGCUGUGCGGGCUAUGCAUCAGCUGUCAAGAGACGAGUAUUCUUCGUUUCCGCUAGGGGCUGAGGUCAUUCAGCGUGACUUUUACGUAGAUAAUCUGAUAUCUGGAGCCCAGACCGUGGACGAGGUUAUGAUGUAG